GCGUCAGCGUCGCGAGCCGCUUCCUGUUGUCAGUGCCGGGGUCCUGCAUCUAGUCGGAGGCUAAGGGGCCGCUGCGGCCGGAGCCCCCGGUCCCGCUCCGCUCCCUUUGGUGUCAUGUGAAUAUCGGGGAAGCUGCUCCUAAGCAGAAAUGCUCUCAGUGGUGGAGAAUGGACUGGACCCCCGGGCCGCCAUCGCAGUCAUCAAGAAGAAGCUAGUGGGAUCUGUGAAGGCACUGCAGAAGCAGUACGUGUCCCUGGACACAGCAGUCACGAGUGAAGAUGGGGACGCCAACACCAUGUGCAGUGCCCUGGAGGCUGUGUUUAUCCAUGGCCUGCAUGCCAAGCACAUCCGUGCAGAGUCUGGAGGAAAAUGGAAGAAAAGUGCACACCAGAAGCCUCUGCCUCAGCCCGUCUUCUGGUCCCUCCUGAAAGCUGUCACCCACAGACACAUCAUCUCGGACCUCGAGCGCCUGGCCUUUGUCAACACGGAUGUGGGCCGCUGCCGGGCCUGGCUGCGGCUGGCCCUCAACGACGGCCUGCUGGAGUGCUACCUGAAGCUGCUCCUACAGGAGCAGGUGCGGCUCUGCGAGUACUACCAGCCCACAGCGCUGCUGCGUGACACCGAGGAGGCUGAGUUCCUCCUGAGCUUCCUGCAGGGACUCACAUCCCUGUCCUUCGAGCUCUCUUACAAGUCCGCCAUCCUAAACGAAUGGACGCUCACCCCGCUGGCCCUCUCAGGGCUUUGCCCACUCUCAGAGCUCGACCCUCUCCCUACCUCUAGUGUAGAACUCCAGCGUAAAGAGUCUCUGGAUUCCAUUUCCCACUCCUCAGGCUCAGAGGACAUUGAGGUCCAGCACUCGGGCCAUAAGAUACGGCGGCACAGGAAGCUCACAGCCUCCUCACUCAGCCUGGACACAGCCAGUUCCUCGCAACUGUCCUGUAGCCUGAACUCUGACAGCUGCCUGCUCCAAGAGAAUGGCUCCAAGAGUCCAGACCGCUCCGAGGAGCCCAUGUCCUACGACUCCGACCUGGGAACAGCUAAUGCUGAUGAUUCUGACCAGUCCUUGCAGGAGAUGUUAACGGAAUUCAGCAAAGCCCAGGUAAACUCUGUGCCAACCUGCGGACCAAGCCAAGAGUCAGAGAUGCCCACAUUGCAGGCCCCACUGUCCCUCCAUGACCUGGCCACCAGUGUACACCUUCUCUCAGAUGUGCCUGCGGAGUCCUCUAGUGCCCCAGGAGGUGACCCCAAGCAGGAGCCACUGCCCGAGGCCCCCAGCACCCCACAGCUGCAGCAGCCAGUUGCUGCCCAAGCCGGUCCUGCAGGAAGCACUUCAGGCCAUCAGCCUCCUGGUCCAGGAAGAAAGGCGAGUGGAGCUGUGAGCAAGGGGAGCAGCCUGCAGAAGACCCUGGAGGAUGGCAGAAUGGGGCUGAAGCUUGUGGUUUCCUCCCCCACCAGUCCGAAGUGCAAGAGCUGGAUAUCUGAAGAUGACUUCCACCGGCCGCCCCAGGGGCCUGCUUCUGACAGUGCUGUGGCUGCUUCCAGAGGACUCCCAGAGCCAAAGGCCACUCUCCACCAGCACUGUGUCCAAGGACCAAGAAAGAGCUGCUCCCUGGGAGCCCUGGACAAAAUGUGUGUGUCUUCCCCAGGACACAGGAACACCAGGGCAGGCCCCCUGCAGGAGCACAAGAACUUCUGGGUGGUACACCGGCGGCAAAUGGGGCUGUCCAACCCAUUCCGGGGCCUCCUAAAGCUGGGCACAGUAUCGCGGCGGGGGGCCAUGGGCAUCUGGAAAGAGCUCUUCUGCGAGCUGUCCCCAAUGGAACUCCGCCUCUACCUGAGCGACGAGGAGCGCACCUGUGUGGAGAGCUGCUCCCUGCUGCGCUGCGAGGCAGUGGGGCCAGCCCACAGCGAUGGCCGCUUUGAGCUGGUCUUCUCCAGCAAGAAGCUGGCGCUGCGGGCCUCCUCCCAGGACGAGGCUGAGGACUGGCUGGACCGGGUACGGGAGGCCCUGCAGAAGGUCCGGCCCCAGCAGGAGGACGAGUGGGUGAACAUCCAGUACCCAGACCAGCCUGAGGAGCCCACCGAGGGCCCCCCAGGUGGACAGCCCUCUGACUCAGCUCUGCUCCCAGAGCCAGCCGUGCCCCACAGCUCACAGUGUGACUGCACAUCUGCCCAGGUUCCAGAGCCAGACGCAAUCAAAGAGUCUCUGCUGUACCUGUAUACAGACAAGACCUGGAUGCCCUGUAUUUUUUCCCUGUCCUUGGAGUCUUUGAAAUGCUUCCGUGUGAGGAACAAUGAGAAGAUGCUGAGUGACAGCCAUGGAGUGGAGACCAUCCGAGAUGUCCUGCCGGACACAAGCCUCGGGGGCCCGGCCUUCUUCAAAAUCAUCACAGCCAAGGCUAUCCUGAAGCUGCAGGCUGGGAAUGCUGAGGAGGCUGCCGUGUGGAGGGAUCUUGUCCGCAAGGUCCUAGCAUCCUACUUGGAGAUGGCUGAGGAAGCCAUGACGCUUGGUGGGAGUCUGGACGAAAGCUGUCAGGAAGUGCUGAAGUUUGCCACCCGGGAGAACAGCUUCCUCCUGCAGUACCUGGUGGCCAUCCCCACAGAGAAGGGCCUGGACUCCCAGGGCUGCUUCUGUGCAGGCUGCCCCCGACCGAUUGGCUUCUCCUCCGUACGACCCAAGCUCUGUGCCUUCUCUGGCCUCUAUUACUGUGACAUCUGCCACCAGGAUGAUGCCUCAGUGAUUCCUGCCAGGGUCAUCCACAACUGGGACCUCACCAAGCGCCCGGUCUGCCGGCAGGCCCUGAAAUUCCUGGUGCAGGUCCAGGCGCAGCCCCUUGUCAACCUGCAGCUGGUGAACCCCUCACUGUACCAGCACGUGGAGCAGAUGCGCCUGAUCGGUCGAAGCCGUGAGCAGCUGAAGCUCCUGGGCGACUACCUGGGCCUGUGCCGCAGUGGGGCCCUCAAGGAGCUAAGCAAGAGGCUUGGAUGCAGGCACUAUCUCCUGGAGUCUCCCCACAAGUUCAGUGUCACCGACCUGCAGCAGAUUGCAGAGGGCGGAUACGAAGGGUUCCUCAAGACCCUGAUCGAGUUUGCCUCCCAGCAUGUCUACCACUGCGACCUGUGCACCCAGAGGGGCUUUAUCUGCCAGGUGUGCCACCAGCAUGACAUCAUCUUCCCCUUUGAGUUUGACACCACAGUCAGGUGUGCUGAGUGUAAGACCGUCUUCCACCAAAGCUGCCAAGCUGUGAUAAAGAAGGGCUGCCCCCGCUGUGCCCGCCGGCGCAAGUACCAGGAACAAAACAGUCUCUCCUAACAUGGUCUAGCAUCCUGAUUUGCCCUCAGCCCAGGUCUCAUGUCCACCAGCAUCACAUUGUCUCCCCUGUCAGGAAGACCCCAGGUGGGACCAGGGCAGUGAUGCCCUUGUCCCCUGAGACUCCCAGCCAGGGCCAGAAGGCCUGCACCAGGCUUGGCCCGCCUCAUGCCACAGCUGUCUGUCAGGCUGUGCAAACACUGUGGUAAUGAGACUUUGGGGACAUUUUCAAUUCCACAUUCCUGAUUAAAAGGUCUAGUUUUUUAAAGUGGAUAUGUUCCCCUCAUAUUUCAACAAAAAAUAUUUUUUUACUCUUGAUCCUAAGCAAGGCACCGCAGAAAUCUAGGCCUUCUCACCCUGAGCAGAUGUGCAAUAGCCACUCAGCCUGACAUGGGGCAGGCAGGUGGCUGAGCACAGCCACUGCCAGGCAGACCUGCUGCCACUGGCAGAGUUGGGGUCCAUCCUGGUGACCGUCAUCCUCCUGCCUCUUGGCUGCCUUCCCCAUGCUCCUCACCAAAGCCUCUCCCUUCUUAGCAUCAGUCCCCAGCUCUUCUUAGGUCUGGGGUGGUGGCCUUGGCAAGAAAAGGCAAAAUGACUCAAACCAGCACUGUCAGCACUUUGAGCCUCCCUUGUUCAGGGAAGGCUGGCAUCGCCUGCCCCUGAUCUCAUGCCCUCCUUAUGCCCACAGAUGGUGAGGGCCACCUCAGAAAACUCUAGGGAUCACAUUCCCACACCUGACCUUGCCAGAGCAGACAAACCUGGAUCCCCAAGAGACAAGGAUCCCAGACUAGAGCCAGCUCUGGGCUCCACCAUGGGGUGGUAACCUACUCUUGUGAGCUGUGCAUGGUGUGCUGAGAAGCUGCCUGGUGGAGGCCCAUGCAGCUCGGCCCUACCAAGCCAUGGACUUCCAACGCCUCUUGAACUGACCCAGCAGGUCACUGCCAGAGCCCCAAAGGUUCCCUGGAGCAAGAUAAGGGCCUAGACUGUUGCCAUGAUGAUGUUCAGACCAUAGCGGUAUGGAGGGGAAGUAUGGGUGUGAGUUCUGCUGUCCCCUCUUCUCCUGCACAGCAGACUGUCCUGGCCACCUGACAGUUGAGUUGGAAGCAUCAGGAUGUGCAUCUUUCAGUCAGGAAGUGAGCCUUUGGGUGGGGAUGCAGCCCAGUGAAGGACAUCCAGCUAGUACCCCCAAGGCCCUAGAUCAGUCCAGCACCCGAGGAAGGAAGACAUGAAAGAAUGAUGGGUGGGCGGACAGAUGGAUGAGCCUUCCCUCCCUGUGCUGAUAGGGCUGCUGAGUCACCUGCUCAGCCCCAAAGCUGGAGGAGUUGGGUAAUAGAACAGAGGAGGCCAUAGGGGGUGGCAGCAGCUACCACACAACUUCUCUGUCCUCACCAUGUGUCCGGCGAGGGAAGGUGAAGACUCCUAUGCCCAGUAAACCAAUGCCUCCGGAGCCAGGAAGUGGUCCGUUGCCCCGCCCCGCCCCCAUCCACAGCCAGCAUUCAUGCUCCCACAGACACCUCAGGCACCUGAGUGGGCAAGAGUUGCCUGGGGCGGGCCUUGGGCCUGGGAGUGUAUCUGUGGUGCCCUGAAAGGCAGCAGGAGCAAGGCCUGGUUGGUGGGGCCUCCUCCCACCCUACCACCGUGAGCAUUAAGCCGGCUCCUUCCUGUUCCCAGAAGCCGCUAAGGCAGUGAGGUGCGUUGACUAACCCACACCUCCAGAAGAGCUGCUGUGAGCCUCAUCUUCAGACGCUGCUGUGUGCAAUAAACCUUUGAGAGGGGCUUGACCCCUGAGAACAACUUGGCUGUGUGUUAAAGGAAUUGU